AUAUAUAUAUAUAUAUAUAUAGGCUCCUUUACUGUAUUGAAAGUAUAAGGAUAUAUAGCCUAUACAUGCGUAUUAAGCAAACAUAUACUGUAUUAAGCAAACACUGAAACAUGUCUUUGAAAUAUACAACCCAAGAAGAUGACGUCAGCUAUACAGACUUGGACAUGAAUAACGGAGAAGCAAACAGCGAGCAACGAUACGAUACCUACUAUGAUUGGAAAACGUGGAAAAAAGGCAACAAAAGUUAUCUCACAAAAGUUCUGCUCGCCAUUUUUAUUUUCCUUGUCAUAUUUUUCUCUGGAUUCGGCGCCGGCUACAGCGCGCUUUCAUGCGUAAAGGUACAGUGUGACGUAUGCCCCACGUCACCACCAAAACCAACUACGUCACCAGCAGUAGUAGGCUCAACCGCAUCCACUGUUACCAAUCAUUCAUCUACAAGUCAAACCACAGUUGUUACCAUACAAACAGAUGUAGCGGUGACGUCUGAAGCGUCGACCACGUCACAAGUGACGUCAAAACCUCCUUCUACGUCAGGGGUGACGUCACAACCGCCUACAACAAAGGUGACGUCAACGCCUUCUUCUACGUCAGGUGUGACGUCGCAACCCCCUUCUACCCAACAGGUGACGUCAAACUCCCCUUCUACGGCAAAGCCAACGUCAGAAUCGGCUACGUCACAGGUGACGUCAACGACCCCUAUACCGCCAGGAGUGACGUCACAGAAGCCCUCCCCUACUCUACAGGUGACGUCAGUAGAGCCCCCUUCUACUGCACAGGUGACGUCAAAUUCCUCGCUGGUUACGUCACCAAUUGCCACAAACGACACAAGUGUGCCAUAGACGAAACUAAACGAGUCAACGGUUCGUCUAUUUACAUAUUAUGCCAAAUUCACUUGUAUGACAUUAUUGGCAAAAAUCGGUGUACUUUUGAAUGCGCGGUAAAAUUAAUUAAUGUUUUCAAAUUUUAGUAAGUUUGAUAAUUUAGUAUGUGUUAUGCGCUGUUACAAAUCAUAUCGUGUUUUAACUACGUGUGUGCAAAACGGAAAGUAAAGAUGGCAGUUACGAAAUACAAGAAAAAGGAAAGUCGUACGA